AUGCAAAAUUGGGAAAAUAUUGAAGAAUACGUAGCUGAUCAGGCUCGAGUUGGACCAGGCGAGCAGGGAAAGCCAGUCCAACUCCCGAAGGACGAACUUGUCGAACGUGAAGCUGUUAAGAAUUUUAAGGAGUGCUGUACUUCCGGAAAUUCGAAAAAUUUUGCGAAUGGUUAUAAUGCGUAUAUCUCGGAUCUGAUUUCACUGAAUCGAUCUAUGAAAGAUAUUCGUCAUCCACAGUGCAAACAAAUGCAGUAUCAUUCCAAACUUCCGAUGGUUUCAGUAAUUUUUCCUAUGCAUGAAGAGAGUUAUAAGGAGAUUAUAAUAGUGGAUGACUUCAGUGAAAAACCAUUUUUGAAGAAACCUUUCGAAGAUUUCCUGAAACACGAGAAAAUUGACCACAUUGUCAAAGUGCUCCGAACCAAGAAAAGAGAAGGUCUGAUUCGUGCACGUCAGCUUGGUGCGGAAAAAGCGACUGGAGAAAUUCUUGUUUUCUUGGAUUCGCACUCAGAAGCGAACUAUAAUUGGUUACCUCCACUAAUCGAUCCGAUCGUUGAAGAUUAUAGAACGGUCGUAUGUCCUUUUGUUGACGUGAUCGAUUGUGACACCUACGAAAUCCGUCCUCAAGAUGACGGAGCGCGAGGUUCGUUCGAUUGGGCAUUCAACUACAAACGCUUGCCGUUGACAAGGAAAGAUCGUGAAAAUCCCACGAAACCGUUCCCCAGUCCUGUGAUGGCUGGUGGUUAUUUUGCCAUUUCGACAAAUGGUUCUGGGAACUCGGCGGUUAUGAUGAUGGACUGGACAUUUGGGGUUGGCGAACAGUAUGAGCUGAGUUUUAAGAAUGCCGGAGUAGGAGACUUCAUUAGUAGAAAUUAUAGAAGAGUUGCUGAGGUGUGGAUGGAUGAAUACAAGCACAACUUGUACAAGCAUCGCGCAACGUGUGAUAUAUCUCGCAAAAAGGCGUGUUCAGCGAGCGGCCUUAAGACGGCAAAGCAUUCGAAGCUGCGUUCAUGCAAAGAUAGUGGCCAGUUCGAUCAGGACAAGUAUUAUCCAGCUGUGGAGCCAAAGCCAUCAACGAGCGGGGAGUUGCGCAAUAAAGGUGCAGGAAUGUGCGUGGACACUCAGUUUAAGCAGGCACAUCAACGGUUCGGAUUACGAAAAUGUAUCAGUGAUGAUCCCAAUGGUGGCGGCGAGCAGAAUCUUCGGCUGACUCGGUGGCAUGAUAUUCGUCCUUUAGGGCGCUCGGUAUGCUUUGACGCGUCCUCGUCAGAAGAUAAAGCCCCUGUUGUGUUGUUUGAUUGGUUAGUGACACUUGUUGUUUUUCACAAGGAAAGCGAAAAAUCAUGUUGUGUUUUCAGUCAUAGUAUGAAAGGGAACCAACUCUUCAAAUUUAACGUUGAUACGGGAUUGAUUUUUCAUCCGGCAAGUUUGCGAUUUGAUUUUGAUCCUUUCUCAUUACGGUAUUGUUGUCCGUUACUACAGGUGUCGGGUCAGUGCCUAUCAGCUGAACCAGACGGCUCAGGUUUUGUAUUUAUGCAGCGCUGUGAUGAAAAUGCUCCUACUCAGAAAUGGGUUUGGCAGGUCGUGGACAGACAAUUACUGGAGGAAAGACAAAAUGCAGAAGCUAAGGAACGUGACUGA